AUGCGCUUCUCAACCUUCGCUUUCGGCCUCGUAGCCUCCACCGUCUCGGCUCUGCCCUCGACGCCCCGCGAUCUCCUGCCCACUAUUGUCUUCACCCCCGGUGCUUGGCAUGAGACGUGGGCCUUCGAUAUGGUCCGCGGCAACCUUUCGGUGCUUGGCUUCCCCACUGAGGCCGUUGCUCUCCCAUCCGUCGGCAGCACCAACGCCUCCGUUGGCCUCGCUGAAGACACUGCUGCUCUCCGCGCCGAGCUAACUACUCUCGCCGAUGCCGGCAAGGACAUCGUUAUGGUCGUCCACUCGUACGGUGGCCUCGUCGGAUCCAACGCCGUCGAGGGUCUGGACUACGCCACCCGUGCCGCUGCCGGUGAGAGUGGCGGUGUCAUCAUGCUUAUCUACAUGACUGCCUUUGCUUCGCCCGCCGAUGCCAGCCUGCUCGAUGCCCUAGGUGGCGUUGCCUUGCCGUGGUUCGAUUACUCUGAUGAUGGCAACUUCGUCACCCCUACCGACCCCAAGACCAUCUUCUACGCCGACGUCGAUGACGCGCUCUCUGCCGAGGCCAUCGCUGGCCUGAAGCAGGAGCCCGCCCGCAUCUUCACCGACGACGCCACCUUCGAACCCUGGAACAACGACGUGGAGGUCGGCUUCUUCUUCACCCUCGAGGACCAAGCUAUCCCCUAUGCCACCCAAGUCGCCAUGGCCUCGCAGUUCCCCUCUGGGUACUUCUCCCAGACCUUCAACAGCAGCCACUCGCCUUUCCUGAGCAUGCCCCUGGAGGUGGCCACAGCCAUCACCCUGGCUUCUACUGAUGCUCUCCUCAAGAAGCUGCUUUAG